AUGAGAAUCUGCUACAUUUUUGUGAUUGUCUUUCUCGCGACGAAGACUAUUAUCGCGAAUAAGAUUCGAGUGAUGACCUUCAACACCUGGAAUUCUGGAGUACACGUUGAAGAUGGACUUAAUAAAAUUGCCAAACACAUUAUGCUCGUCAAUCCUGACGUAGUAGCGUUGCAAGAAGUGCAAAAACAGGAUGUUCUACCGACUUUAUUGAGCUAUUUGGGAAUUCCUUGGAAAGGGAUAACGGGAGAUGUCGCUUAUCCAGAUGUGGCCAUUCUAACUAAACACGAGGUGCAGCGCAUUUGUGGAGAUUUGCGUCAUUUGGUAUCUUGCGUACUGUAA